AUGAAAUUGUCUGCCCUCAAACCUACGAGAGGAGAUACCUCUAAAACAAAUGAAUCAAAAUCUUCUCGAGAGGAUGAUGACGAUGAUCUUUAUGAUGAUGUGGAGUUUUUAAAAGAAAUUGACUUUACGGAAAUCAAUGACGACAUUCCAACAAACAUAGAGUUUGAUCUUGGUGAUGAAGAUUUUGAUCCUUUUCUUGAUAUUCCCAGCAGCCGUGUUAAUAAAGUCAAUAAAGUUGCUUCUUUAGCAACCAAGACUAGAGAUGAAGGAAAUGUUCUCAAGAUUCUACUCUCUACUUCAAAUCCCUUGGAGGUUGCACAAAGCCAAGGAGAUGUGACAUCAAAGAUUCCUCCCUCUGUGUCACUUGUCUCAACUUCUGCUCCAGUCAUUUCUGAUUCAACUGAACCUCAGACUUCUCAUACUUCCAUGAAAACAAGCCAAUCUCUUGCAAGUCUGGAGGUACCCGUUGUAAGAUGUGCACCUCAAGUUCUUUCAACAAUCACUGUUACCUCUGCUCACUCUCCUCCAAAGCAAACAGAUGAAGGUCCGAGUACCAUGUUUGAGGCUGGUGGAUCCUCAUCCAUUCCAGAAUAUUCUCUAACUCGACCUUCACUAGAUGAAGCUUCUAUUAGAUUAAACGUUUUGUACGAUGAUUUUGGUGAAAAAGUCAAAGCCCUCUUCCAACAGCCUCAUGGAAUAGCUGAUCCUCCCACAGUUCAAUCACCUCCUACAACUGAUGAUCUCCCUAUCAACCCACCUACUCCAAGAACAACUACAAUUGUCAAUAGGUUUGAAAAAGAACUAGAAGGAAGCAGAGCUAGAACCACAAUCAAACACGGCAAAAGAAUCGCAAGAGACCCUGUUUUGACGGUAACGGAUUUGAAGAAAAGAAAGUUCGGUGAUGAGUAUGGUGACAGGAUAGGUAUCCGAAUGUGGGCCUUUGAUCCAGAGACGAAUUUGUGGGUUGUAAAGCGAAAUUCAAGAGCAUCUGAAUGUUACAAAAGCACCCUCGAUUUCAAUUCUUGGACCAAAACUGAUCUAGCCGAAUUAUCCAGGGCCCCAUUCCAUAAUCCCUCCGAAAAUCCCAGUGCUUCUAAUUUCAAAAGGUUUCUCGACAGAUAG